CUUUGUAACUUUUCAACAGUAGUCAAUACAAAAUGUUUGUACUGCUAGGACAAAUAUUUCUAGUAACCAUAUUGGUGAACGGAGAAACUUUGACGGAGCUGUGUCCGCCGUCGGAGUCCUGUGUCCCCUUAAUCAGGUGCACACCUGUACUCCGUGAUCUUAUGCUGUCACAAAUUCUUGGUGACAGUUCAAUGCAUCGAAGAGUUCUUGCAGAUGUAUCAAGAAAAAUCUGUGAACCUGGUUCCAAAAAGAUGGUUUGUUGUGACAAGAACAAGCUUCUAACCCAUCGUCUACAAGGCGGAGGACAUCAACCCCGACCUGAUCAGGUUCAACAGUUUUCAGAAGUGUUCCUGGGAAAACUUAUUCCAAUGAUGCAUGAUGUAUCAGGAGAUGUGUACGCUGUUGGAUCAAACCAAAUCCUAAUCAAGAAGUUCACAUACGAUGGAACUGGACCAGAUGCGUUUUUCCUGGCUGGCACUAGUGGUACUAGACCAUCCGUGGGGGGUAUACCGAUUCCAUUUCCAUAUAAUGGGGUUAAUUACCAAUAUGGUGAUACGUCUAAUCCAAAAUUGGGAAAGUUUAGAGGAGAUAAGGAGGUAAUGCUGACACUUCCUCCUGGUGUUGGUAUUUCACAACUUAAAUGGUUGGGGGUCUGGUGUCGACGCUUUGAAGUAAGUUUUGGUCACAUAUUGCUGUGAGAAAAAUGUAUUUAUAUAUUAGUCUUUUAUGAAAUAAAAAUAAACUCGAGUCGUUU